CGCCUGGGUGUGCGGCGCUCGCAUUCCGGGGCUGUGGCGGCUUCUUCCUCCCGCUUCCCGGGCCCGCGGUGAGGGCUCCUGGGAGUCGGACGCUGGCGUGGGCCUCUCCGCCGCUGCCGGCCCUCUGCGGUGAACGGGACUGGCCGCCUAGAGCGGGCGCGGCGGGAACGGGCGGGAGCUUUCCUGCCUAUGGGCGGCCCCUGGGCGCUCUGAGAGCCAGGCUCCCAGCAGCGGAGAAAAUGAUGCAUCCCGUUGCCGGCAGUAACCCAGCGUUCUGUGGGCCUGGCAAGCCUUCCUGCCUCACUGAAGAUGCCAUGAGAGCUGCUGAUCAGUUUGAUAUAUAUUCCUCCCAGCAAAGCAAAUACACCCACACGGUCAGCCACAAACCAAUGGUUUGUCAGAGGCAGGACCCAUUAAACGAAACACACUUACAGCCUACCAGUGGCAGAAACAUAGAGAUAAAAGAUGAACUCAAGAAAAAGAAAAACCUCAAUCGAUCUGGUAAGCGAGGCCGGCCUUCAGGAACCACCAAGUCAGCAGGAUACCGGACCAGCACAGGCAGACCCCUGGGAACUACCAAAGCAGCUGGAUUUAAAACAAGUCCAGGCAGACCUUUGGGUACAACCAAAGCUGCAGGAUACAAGGUCAGCCCAGGGAGACCUCCAGGUAGCAUUAAAGCUCUGUCCCGGCUUGCAGAUCUUGGCUAUGGCUGUGGCACUGCUGCCUUUCCUUACCCUAUGAUGCACAGCCGAGCAAUUCACGGGGUUCAGGAAAGCAGUGGUGAAGUCAAGCCACCCAGUGAAUGAGUGAGGCAGGGGAGCACUUGUUAGGAGCAGACUGAGUCACCCCAAAGCUUCUUGCUGUAAUUUGACAUGAUUUUACCACCUGGACUUCCCAGUUUUGUUUUUCUGUUUGGUCUUCCUCACUCCCUA